AUGGCGCUCUUCCCCCUCCGCCUCCAGAUCAACUACGAGGAGGAAAAGAAUGUGCUCAAAGAGUUUCUUCAAAACUUCAAGUCCAGCCAGUCCGCCUCGGAAGCAUCUGCGACAGAAGCGAUUUCAGGUCUCAACAUUGAUGAAGAUGAUCUUGACGCCCUGGAUGAAAUGGACGAGGACGGUGAAGAGAAUGGGCAAACGACGAGAGAGCGACGUGAACCGAAGCUUAAAUAUAUGGCGCUAUUGCAAGAAAUUGCUGACAGAACGAAGAAUCACCUCGUCAUAGAGUUGGACGACUUGGAUAAAGUACAGUCAGCCCCCGGAGAUGGCGUUUAUACCCGUCACACCCUUAUGGCGCUAGAGGCACAUGAGCUCAUAUUGACUUAUGCUUCUAGAUUUAAAGACGAUGUAAUUGAUAUUAUAGUUGCUCAGCGUGGACGACGGAACGAAACUCUGGACCUGAAUUUAGAAGCGGACCCAGAUGCCGACGUGCAGGCAUCCACAUUCCCGCCAGAGCUUACCAGGAGAUACACACUUAACAUCAAACCGAUCACUCCCUCUGGAUCAAGCAGUAACCCGAAAGCAAAGGCUUUUGCAGUCAGAGAUGUUCGUGGAGCACAGCUUGGAAAAUUAAUCACAGUUCGUGGCAUCACUACUAGAGUUUCCGAUGUCAAACCCUCUGUCAAGAUCAACGCAUAUACCUGUGACCGUUGUGGCUCUGAAGUAUUUCAGCCGAUCACCACCAAACAGUUUCUCCCACUAACGGAAUGUCUGUCGGAAGAAUGCAAAAAGAACAACAGCAAGGGCCAGCUUUUUCUUUCCACGCGAGCCUCAAAGUUUGUCCCGUUCCAGGAGGCCAAGAUACAGGAGAUGGCAGACCAAGUACCUAUUGGACACAUCCCUCGCACACUGACAGUACACCUGAUGGGUAGCCUGGUCCGACAGUUGAGCCCAGGAGACAAUGUUGAUAUUGCCGGAAUUUUCCUUCCCACCCCUUACACAGGUUUCCGGGCCAUCAAAGCCGGUCUUCUUACUGAUACCUAUCUCGAAGCCCAACAUAUUACACAACAUAAAAAGGCCUACGACCAUCUUGUCAUGGACCCAGUAACCCUGAGAAAGAUUACUAGACACGCGAGUUCGGGUAACAUGUAUGAGUACUUGUCACGUUCGAUAGCUCCGGAAAUUUAUGGUCAUCUCGACGUUAAGAAGGCCCUGUUACUUCUUCUAAUCGGUGGCGUGACAAAGGAAAUGGGAGACGGAAUGCGGAUUCGUGGUGACAUAAAUAUCUGCCUGAUGGGUGACCCUGGAGUUGCGAAAUCCCAACUUUUGAAAUAUAUCACCAAGGUAGCUCCUCGUGCAAUUUACACCACUGGACGAGGAAGCAGUGGUGUUGGUCUGACAGCGGCAGUGAUGCGUGACCCUGUCACAGAUGAAAUGGUUCUUGAGGGCGGCGCCCUUGUUCUCGCAGAUAACGGUAUUUGCUGCAUCGAUGAAUUUGACAAGAUGGAUGACGGCGAUAGAACUGCUAUCCACGAAGUUAUGGAACAACAAACGAUCUCGAUAUCUAAAGCCGGAAUCUCAACCACUCUCAACGCUCGCACCUCCAUUCUUGCAGCUGCCAAUCCGCUGUACGGACGGUAUAAUCCCCGAGUCUCGCCUGUUGAGAACAUCAACCUCCCAGCCGCGCUUCUGUCUCGUUUUGAUAUUCUGUUCCUCAUGCUCGACACCCCCUCUCGUGAUGCUGACGAAGAACUUGCCAGCCAUGUUGCCUAUGUACAUAUGCACAACAAACACCCUGAGACCAGUGCUGAUGAAGUAGUCUUCACUCCUGCUGAAGUACGACAGUACAUUGCUAAAGCGCGAACAUUCCGCCCCGUGGUACCGAAGAGUGUCUCGGAAUAUAUGGUGGGUGCAUAUGUCCGUAUGCGCAAACAGCAAAAGCAAGAAGAAGGAAGCAAAAAACAAUUCACUCACGUUACGCCGCGAACCUUGCUGGGCGUCCUUCGCCUUUCUCAGGCUCUGGCCCGACUCCGAUUCAGCGAGCGUGUUGUCACUGAGGAUAUCGAUGAGGCCCUCCGACUGAUCGAAGUUAGUAAAUCCAGCUUACACCAGGACUCGCAAACUGGUAUGGAUCACAGCCCUACCAGCAAGAUCUAUAACCUCAUUUGCGCUAUGAGGGAGAGUGGUGCGGCUGCUAUCGGUGACGAAGAUGAAGGAACUCUCAGCAUGAAGAGGAUCCGGGAACGAGUGGUUGCGAAAGGAUUCACAGAUGACCAACUCAGCCAGGCAAUUGAUGAAUAUGCGGAACUUAGUGUCUGGCAAGUCAGUGGAAACGGCACUCGGCUUGUUUUCAUUGAAGCUGGGGAUGGCGAUGCUAUGGAUUUGUAG